CUUGUCGCACGAGGAGCGAAAUCGAGCACAGCAGCUGUUCCGCUUCUCUUCUUCGCCACUCCGCGAGACGCGUCUCUUAUAACCUUCAGCGACGUAGCAACCGACGCUUGGGUCAUGGACCGGUGAAGAAAAUGCUUGUCGACCCAGGUUUCCUCGUAUUGCUGAUAAGUGGUGCGUUCGCGUCCGCCGCCACUUCACCACCGAGUACGAGCGACUCGACAUAUGCAUCACUCGUUACAAAGUCCGCGAUUGCGUCUCAGUCGGGACAGCCAACCUCUCCUCCACUUCCUUCCGACAUCGUCCCAACUCCAUCAAAUCCCCAAAUAUCUUGUUACACACUCAGUCCGGGAACACAGGUUGCUUGCAUAAGCCAGGUCGAUGGUCAUCUAGAGUUAUCAAGAUCGACCUUCGAAAGUGAUACCUACACAGCAGCAACUGCACAGCCGACCGCGUCUGGUUUCCAAGGUGCUUCGAAUCCUCCACCAAGCCAAUCACUCGUUCCAGGUCGCAAUAAUGAGAUAGUCGUCACGGUGCCGACUAUAAUAGGAAUUCAAAGCGAUGUCGUCGCUCCAACUGCACCAGUCCAACAAGAUGACGCGCCUGCUGUGCCUGAUGCUGCUUCUCCUGCCCCUGCGACAGCAAAACCCACCGUUGCGAAUGGAUUACUGAUCGACAUUGUCUCCAACCUCAAAGUCUCCCCAUCCAAGACCUCACCAACAUCCCGAACAAUCCCAGCCUCAGCAGACGCAGUCGCAUCGCAACCUAUUCAAGAGCUACCAUCUCAGAGGCCUGCCCUGACCGUCGGCGGCCAGCUAACCCUGGGUCCCGCAGCCACCCUCACCCUCACUCCGGGCUUAUCAACGACACUGGGAGUCGACAGCGCAGCAACAUUCAUCGCCAUCACGACCGCCGACACAGGGAACACCGUGAUCCUUGUUAGUUCUAGCGGCACCGCCGUCACCGCGACCGUCACAAAUACCCUCCAGACCUCCACUGUGCCGGCAACGGAUUUCGGCGGAACGCCCACAGUAGCUGCACGACCCGCUGCCGGUUCCGGAGAUUCAAAUACCGAUGAGCAAGGAAGUGCUAUAAUCGCACGUACUUGGCCAGCGUGGUAUGGAAAUCUGGUUGUUGGUGUUUUGGGACUAGGGCUCGUGGUGUAG